AUGACGGCUCGCCUGAUGCUCGCUGUGGGAGGAGCGGUGCUGGGUUCCUUGCAAUUCGGCUACAACACCGGCGUCAUCAACGCCCCGCAAAAGGUGAUUGAGGACUUCUAUAACCGUACCUGGCUGUACCGAUACGAUGAGCCCAUCAGCCCUGCCACCCUCACCACGCUCUGGUCCCUCUCCGUCGCCAUCUUCUCUGUCGGGGGCAUGAUCGGAUCCUUUUCUGUGGGGCUCUUCGUCAACCGCUUUGGACGGCGCAACUCCAUGCUGAUGUCCAACAUUCUCGCCUUCGUGUCCGCCGUCCUCAUGGGCUUCUCCAAGAUGGCGCUCUCCUUCGAGAUGCUCAUCCUCGGCCGCUUCAUCAUCGGCCUCUACUCCGGCCUCACCACUGGGUUCGUGCCCAUGUACGUGGGUGAGGUGUCGCCCACUGCACUGCGGGGCGCGUUGGGGACCUUCCACCAGCUCGGCAUCGUCUUGGGCAUCCUCAUCGCGCAAGUGUUCGGUUUGGACUUGAUCAUGGGAAACGACUCGCUCUGGCCGCUGCUCCUGGGGUUCAUCUUCGUCCCCGCCCUGCUGCAGUGCAUCAUCCUGCCCUUCGCCCCUGAGAGCCCCCGCUUCCUCCUCAUCAACCGCAACGAGGAGAACAAAGCCAAGAGCGUCCUCAAGAAGCUGCGAGGCACGACAGAUGUCAGCAGCGACCUCCAGGAGAUGAAGGAGGAGAGCCGGCAAAUGAUGAGGGAGAAGAAAGUCACCAUAAUGGAGCUCUUCCGUUCCCCCAUGUAUCGCCAGCCCAUCCUCAUCGCGAUCGUCCUGCAGCUGUCCCAGCAGCUCUCGGGGAUCAACGCGGUCUUCUACUACUCCACCAGCAUCUUCGAGAAGUCAGGUGUGGAGCAGCCAGUCUACGCCACCAUCGGCUCCGGCGUGGUGAAUACAGCUUUCACAGUCGUUUCGCUCUUCGUGGUGGAACGAGCCGGACGCAGGACCCUCCACCUCAUCGGCCUGGCGGGGAUGGCGGGGUGUGCGGUGCUCAUGACCAUUGCCCUGACACUGCUGGUGAGUGAUGGNNNGAUGUCCUACCUCAGCAUUGUGGCCAUCUUCGGGUUCGUGGCCUUCUUCGAGAUCGGUCCAGGCCCCAUCCCUUGGUUUAUCGUGGCAGAACUGUUCAGCCAGGGCCCUCGUCCCGCUGCCUUCGCUGUUGCCGGGCUGUCCAACUGGACCUCAAACUUCAUCGUGGGCAUGGGCUUCCAGUACAUCGCGCAACUCUGCGGCUCCUACGUCUUCAUCAUCUUCACGGUGCUGCUAGUCCUCUUCUUCAUCUUCACCUACUUCAAGGUGCCAGAGACGAAGGGUCGGACC